UUGACCUUCCGUAUUACGUCAUCAAUAUGCGCCACCAGCCUUGACAUUCAGACGCGUGUGAUAUGUUUUCAUGAGUUUUUGACCUUUACAUCAACGUUUGCCUUAAAAGAAUACCGGCAUGUCCGUUAAGCAAGCAUCGGUCCAUGCGAAAUGGGUCAUUGGUCGGGUGAUCGGGACCAAAAUGAAGAAGACAACAAAGGUGCGAGUUACCAGACUUGUGCUUGAUCCAUACCUGCUCAAGUUUUACAACAAGAGGAAGACCUACUUCGCCCAUGAUGCUCUAGAACAGUGCUCUGUUGGGGAUGUUGUUUUGUUGAAGGCUCUGCCAGAGAGAAGAUCCAAACACGUCAAGCAUGAACUCUCAGAGAUAGUGUAUAAAGUUGGGCAGUUGGUCGACCCCCUCACUGGGAAGAGGGUAGCUGGAUGUCAGUUUUUAGAGCCUCUUACAGAAAGCACAGAAGACACGGACGUCUCCUUAACAAAGAAACUGGAACAGCUGAAUAUUACCGCCUCUGCAUCUCCCCCAUCCUCAUAAUAUUGUCUAAAUUAUGUAUGUAAAUGUAUUGAUUUUCACAUAUAAAGGUGUUGUACUGUC